AUGAUGAUUUUUCUUUCUAUUAUAUUAUGUCUUUCUGUAUUUCCAAAUAUAAUCUAUACAACAGUACCAUUUAUUCUAAAUCCUGAUUGUGAUCUACCUGAAUGUGAAAAUCCUAAUUAUCCAGCAUUAUAUUAUGCAAAUCAUAUUAUUGAUAAUAAUAAUAAAAUUCAUAUUAUUUAUUCAACAUUAGAUCAAUUAACAAUUAGUAUAUUUCAAACAGGUAAAAAUUAUGAUCCAACAUUUAAUUAUACAGCAUUAUUUUCACGAAAUUAUCCUGGUGCUAUUCAAUUUAUUGAUACUAAGCCAACGAAUUCAUUUUCAUUAGUUCUACGACGUUUAAUGGAAUUUGAUGAUGAACCUGAUAAAGCUAAUAUAACUAAAUGUGAAAAUACAACAAUAUCUUAUUAUUUACAUAAUAUAACAACAAAUAAUGUAACCAUGUUAAACAAUAAUACAAAUCAACCAACAUUUCAAUUACCAUUAGACAUGUUGAACGGUUCAUUAAAUAUUGAUGUAAUUUAUCCUGGUGAAGCAAUGCGUGACAAAAAAUCACCAAAAUUAAAAACAACAUCAAAAAGUUAUUUUCUUAAUAUUGCUUUACAAGCAAAUAAUUUUUCAGCACCACAUACACGUUUUGCAUUUGAAUUCUAUUUAAUGUUACCUGGUACUCAUGGUUUACGAACAUCUUCAUCAAGAUUUAUUGAUGAUCAUUUUACACCAGGUAUUUUUACUGUAUUUCAAACGAGAACACUUGAUUCAUUAUAUCCAUCAUCAAUGUUAUGGAAACCAGUUGUAUAUCAAAGUGAAGAUCGAACAGUUGAACAAAAUACAUUAAUGCAAGUAUAUAAUUUAAAAAAUAAUGUUACACUCGAUUCAAAUAUUGAUCAAGGUAUAUUUUAUUCAAUUUUAAAUCAUCCAACUGUAUCAGCAUUUAAUAUUUCACUUGGUGAUCCAAAUGAUGGUUUUUUUGCUAAAACAAAUUAUACAUUUAUUCAAUUUACAGCUGGUCUUGAAUAUCUUGAAGCUGAUUCAACAAAAUUAUUUGUUACAGUUGCAUUAAUUGCUAGUCUUGCUUUACCGGGUAUAGUUGCAAUUAUUGCAUUAAUAUUUAUUUUAAAACGACGAUUUACAAAAAGAUCAUCAAGUGCUUAUGAUACUAUUGAUGAUUAA